AUGAGUAAGGAACAUGACCAUUUAAGUGGUUGUGAUAGAACUUUGCUUGUUGGUUCGGCUAGCCAUCUUUCUUGCUCUGGGGGUCCGAGUGGAUCGGGGAAGACUAGUUUGGCUCGCAAGAUGGCAAAUAUUGUUGGUUGUGAAGUUGUUUUCCUUGAAAGCUAUUACAAAUCCGAGCAAGUGAAGGACUUCAAGUAUGAUGACUUCAGCUCACUUGAUGUAGCUUUGCUCUCAAAGAAUAUUGAUGACAUAAGGAACUGUCGAAGAACAAAAGUACCUGUAUUUGAUCUGGAAAAUGGUGCUCGAAGUGGCUUCAAAGAACUUGAAGUUUCUGAAGAUUGCGGAGUGGUUAUUUUUGAAGGUGUUUAUGCUUUGCACCCUUAUAUCAGGAAAUCUUUGGACUUGUGGAUUGCUGUUGUUGGAGGUGUUCAUUCACAUCUGAUUUCUCGAGUUCAAAGGGACAAAAGUAGAGUAGGGUGCUUUAUGUCCCAAAAUGAAAUUAUGACGACAGUAUUCCCAAUGUUCCAGCAGCACAUUGAACCACAUCUUGUUCAUGCACAUCUGAAAAUUCGAAAUGACUUUGAUCCUGUGCUUUCUCCUGAGAGCUCAUUGUUUAUGCUCAAAAGUAAUAAGCAAGUGGCUUAUCAAGAUAUUUUAAAAAUCCUUGACCCUGCAAAGAUCUGCAGUUCUGUUCAGAAUUUUAUUGACAUUUAUUUAAGGCUACCUGGAAUACCUGCUAAUGGCCAGUUAACGGAAAGUGACUGCAUAAGAGUCAGAAUUUGCGAAGGAAGAUUUGCGUUGCUCAUACGGGAGCCUAUAAGAGAAGGGAAUUUUAUCAUCCAACCAAAAGUGGAUUUUGACAUCAGCAUUAAUACAGUUGCUGGGCUUCUUAACCUUGGUUGUGGUAGUGAAGUUCAUUAUGGAAUACAUGGUUUGCUUUGGCAGGGGGGAAGUGGGUAUCAAGCUGUUGCUUACAUUGAGGCAUCUGCCUAUAUCUACCAGGAUGGAAAGUUCAAGAGGCAAUAUGUAAAAGGACCUUACAAAACCACGGUGAAGGCGAGGACUGAGGAGUGCGGGGGCAGCUGGGAUGUGAACACCGAGUUGGAGUGUUUUGGGAUAGUGGAUGACUGUGGGAGGGUCCCACCACGACCAUCCAAAACUGUGAGUCACUAUGGGUCUAUGUCUAGGAAGAGGGGUGCUGUAUAUAAGAGAGAGGAGCAUGAGAAUAGUUGCGGGGAUAUUCUACCUUCCAUGUCUUCAUUGUUGAAGUGCGGCUCUUGCCAUCUUGUAGUGGGGUCAAGCCAUGUGUCAUACUCCGAGGGUAUCUAUGCUCCCUGUAGUUUGAUGUGCUAA